AUGGAGAUCGAUCCGCGUCUGCGUGCUGGCAGUGACAGCUCUCCUGCCGACGGCACCGCAGCCGGUCGUCCAUAUAUCCCUUCCCCGGUCUCUUCCAGACAUCCCGACCAUAAUACCGGCGCUCCCUCCGCGCUUCCACGCCGCAGCGAUUACCCCGAACCACCGUCCCCUUACUCUCCCGCUGACCAGCUGCGAUCCGCCGUCUCGUCUGCAAGUGGGCCCGGCUACUACGGCAGCGCCGCGCACUCCCAGUCAACGCCAUCUAUAUACCGAAGCGGGCCUGAACCUGGCUCGGUGCCCAGCACGUCCUCUCAACUCGAUCCCGUCGAUCCGAACGAUCCGUAUGCCGAAUUGCGACGUCCGCGCGCCUGCGAAGCAUGCCGUCAACUCAAAGUCCGAUGCGAGCCCGAUCUCAGCCAUCCCAAUGGCACGUGUAAACGAUGCGCCAAGGCCGGCCGGAACUGUAUCGUGACCGUUCCCACGCGCAAGCGCCAGAAGAAGACCGACAGUCGCGUGGCGGAGCUCGAGAGGAAGAUUGAUGCCUUGACGGCGAGCUUGCAGGCCUCCCAGGGCCACGAACCGCACCCUCUUCCGCCGCCCGCCGCUCUUGAGCCGCCGCGCGAGGAGCAUCCGGGAAGGCGCUGGCUUUCAUCCACGGCGCAUGCCUCUACUAAUGGAUCGAUACCCUUGAGGUCACCUUCCAGCACGGCGGGGAGCAAGCGGCGGCACAGUGGGGAGAUCAAAGAGACUGCUCCAGUGUCUUCUCGCACUUCGAGCCCUAGCGACGACCAGUCAUUGUACAAUAAGGCUCUCAAACAAUGGCGGGCCAUGGGAUACGGCUUGGAGGCACAACCUAAAGACACGGCCAGCGAGGGCGGGGGUGAUCUGAUUGACCGAGGCGUCGUGAGUGAGACACUGGCUCAGGAGGCAUUUACCAAAUACGUCGAUCGAAUGGCCACCCUCAUACCUAUGGUGGUGUUCCCACCAGGCACAACAAUGGAUGAGGUGCGGCAGAAGAAGCCGGUGCUGUUUCACGCUAUAAUUGCAUCCGCGAUCGGUACUAUCCAACCACACCUGCAGCUAUCGCUGCUGGAUGAGUUCUACAAAGUGCUUGCCGAACGAGUUAUUGUGAAAGGUGAAAAGUCACUGGAUCUAGUCCAGGCGAUUCUAGUCUGCUGCAACUGGUACACGCCACCAGACAACUUCGAGGAGGUCAAAUUCUAUCAGUUGUCAAACAUUGCUGUCUCACUCGCAAUGGAUCUGGGUCUCAACCGGAAGGCGAUCCCCAAGUCCAAGCCGUUCGCCCUAGUCAAGGAGCUUAUCUCGAAGAAGUCAUCUAUCGUCGUAGACCUGGAUUCAGCUGAGGCCAGACGAACCUGGCUUGCUUGUUAUUUCGUCGCCGUGCAGUGUGCCGUCUCUUUGAGACGCGUGAAUCUAGUCCGCUGGAUGCCAUAUAUGGAUGAAUGCGUGGAAAUACUCGAAAAGUCUCCAGAGGCCUUACCAUCCGACAAAGGCAUGAUCCAAUGGGCAAAGCUAGCCCAUAUCCUUGAAGAUAUCGCCGUCCAGUUCACCAGCGACGACGCCCCUACCGUAUCAUCCUUCUCAGACCCAAAGUUCCUCUACACGCUCCGCGUCCUCGAAAGACAACUGGACCAAUGGCGACGAGAAACUCCACCAGAGCACUUUUCCCCCAUCCUGAAACAAGCCGACUGCAUCAUCAACCUCUUCCUCCACGAGAACGCCAUGCACGUAGAAUUCCACCGAGACGAUCCCAAAACCGCCAACGACGAUCUCGCCAGCCCCACCAGCCCAGCUCACAUCAACGCCCUCAGCACCUGCCUGACCUCCAUCCACGACGCCAUCGACACCCUCUGCUCCAUCGAAACCAAGGACCUCGUCCUAACCCCGACCGUCGCUCUGGCCCGAACCUCCUUCGCCAUCGUCGCCCUCAUCAAGAUCUACUCCAUCGUCUCCAGCCCAGACACCCGCAUGGCCCAAGUCAUCGACCUCAGCAGCCUCAAGACAGAAUACUACCUGGACAAGGUCAUCCGUCAUUACACCAAAGCCGGCGAAACCCCGGGCGGUCGCACCCCUGCUAAAUUCAGCGUUGUCCUAAGUCUCCUCCGGAACUGGUUCAUGAAGCGUAAAGACCAGGGUCCUGUCCUCAAGGAAGCAUUAUCACUGUACAAGUGCUCUGAUGAAGAGCGACUCCAGCAACCCCCCCAACAAGACAAACAAAACCAAGGCCAAACCCAAGGCCAAACCCCCCUCCACCUCCUCAGCGAAGUCGCCAUGGGCGAUCCUCAAUCCCGCUCUACAACCACAACCAACAACCCAUCCCCAACCCAAACCCAACCAACAUCCACCAAUAGACCAAUCUACACACCCAACACCACCACAAGUACAUACCCCGACCUCCUCACCCAACAAUCGCCAUCAUCAUCAUCAGAUCUCCCCGUCCCUCAUUCUCACACUCACACUCACACUCACACCACCGACUCAACUACCGAACAACAACCAUCAUCAACCUGGGUCCAACAAUACCCCCCUCCACCCCGCCAAUUCUACCCCACCUUCAGCCCUUCAUACCAAGAUGUCCAGGGUUUCGGAACUGAUCCGAGUAAUGGGAGUAAUGGGAAUGGAAUGGUGGUUACUACGCCUGGUUCUGGUGCUGGUGCUGCUACUGGUAGUGCUAGUGCUAGUGCUGGUACUAGUGGGGGAGGAGCGGGAGGAGGAAAUACGAUACAAGGGUUGUUUGUUCCCGAGUUGGGGGUGCAGAUGGGGUUUGAUCCGGAGAACUUGUUCAUGUUGGGGAAUAUGCUGGGUGAUGAGAUUCUGAAUUUGCCGUUUCAGGCGGAUGGGGGGAUGGGAAUGGGGAUGGGAAUGGGGUUUUAUUGA